CAUUGGACCCCGGUUUCGUAUACAUUCGACUAAAGCGGCUUGAGAGAGCGAUUGGGCCAACCCUGGCUAUCCUGGCGAGCAUUUCAGGGUGAUCGGGCCUUGCCCGCGAGCCCUCCUCCAUCAUGGCUUCUUUGGAGGGAGGAACGGGAGAACCUACCGGGGCAGAACUCUCAAUGCAGAGGUCGAGAUGGGCUACUCGGAGGUUGACGGUAAAGAGCAGCUCCAUGAAGCGGCUCUCGUUAAUGGGAAGGCGGCACAACAGGGGCGUGGCGAGCGAGAAGAAGAGGACAUCUGGAGGGACCGACGUCUCCCGACAGGCCGACUCUGACGCGCCAAAGGAUGAGAGUAGCGAGGAGGAGGUGCGCGGUAAUGGCUCGGAAUCGAGGCGACUCUUCUUCAACCUGCCCUUGCCGCCCGAGUUCCGGGACGAAGACGGGCAUCCAAUACAGCAAUUUCCGCGAAACAAAAUUCGAACUGCAAAAUACACGCCACUCUCGUUUAUUCCAAAGAACCUUUUUUUCCAGUUUCAAAAUGUCGCCAACAUCUUUUUCCUCUUCCUUGUUAUCUUGGUUAUUUUCCCCAUUUUUGGCGGCGUGAACCCGGGGCUCAAUGCCGUGCCUCUAAUUGUUAUUAUCUGCGUCACGGCGAUUAAAGACGCCAUCGAAGACUACCGAAGAACGAUCCUGGAUAUCGAGCUCAACAAUGCUCCCGUCCAUCGGUUGUUAGGCAAAGAAAACCUCAACGUUAGGGAGGACAAUGUGUCCGCCUGGAGGAAAUUCAAGAAAGCCAACUCCCGCUUUUUCGGCGCGAUAUGGCACGCGAUCGAGGCGCUGUGGAAGAAGGAGCCUCAGCUUCGCCGGAACUUUACGACCGCAGACCCUCGCAUGUCAAUCGAAAGCAGAGCCACGCCGUGGGAACCCGUCGCCUCGCCGCGCUCGCGCCAUUCAGUUUCUUCGGCCCAUGAAGAGAUCCAGAUGACGCCUGUGCCGUCGCCCCUCCCGCGCGACCCGAACAUGCCCAGUAUCUCGUCCACGGUGGAGAAUGAGGCGGCUCUUCUGCAGAAACUCCAGGGCGAUUUGAUCAACCCGGAGUUGCCCGUAUCCGGGCAGGCGAGGUUCCACAGGGAUGCAUGGAAGAAUCUAGUCGUUGGCGACUUUGUACGCAUCUACAAUGAUGACGAGCUUCCAGCAGAUAUCAUCAUCCUGGCCACCUCGGAUCCAGACGGCGCGUGUUACGUGGAGACCAAGAACCUGGACGGCGAGACCAAUCUCAAGGUUCGGUCAGCCCUGCGGUGUGGCCGGACCCUGAAGCAUGCGCGCGACUGCGAGCGGGCCCAGUUCACCAUUGAGAGCGAGCCUCCGCAGCCGAAUCUUUACAAGUACAAUGGCGCCAUCAAGUGGAGGCAAAGAGUUCCCUGGGAUCCCAAAGCCGAACCGAGGGAGAUGUCGGAGCCCAUCACCAUCGACAAUCUGCUUUUGCGAGGUUGCAACCUUCGAAACACAGAGUGGGCGCUCGGCGUGGUCGUUUUCACCGGUCACGAUACGAAAAUCAUGAUGAAUGCCGGCAUCACGCCAAGUAAGCGGGCCCGCAUCGCGAGGGAGCUGAAUUUCAACGUCAUCUGCAACUUUGGCAUCCUUCUCGUCAUGUGUCUGAUGUCGGCCAUCGCGAACGGCAUCGCGUGGGGCAAGACGGACGCGUCGCUGACCUGGUUCGAGUACGGGUCUCUUGGGGGAAGUCCAGGUCUGACCGGCUUCAUCACGUUCUGGGCCGCCGUCAUCGUCUUCCAAAACUUGGUUCCAAUCUCGCUAUACAUCUCGCUCGAAAUUGUGAGGACCCUGCAAGCCUUCUUUAUCUACAGCGACAUCGGGAUGUACUACGACAAGAUUGACCAGCCCUGCAUCCCCAAAUCCUGGAACAUAUCCGACGAUGUUGGCCAGAUCGAAUACAUCUUUUCAGAUAAGACGGGCACUCUCACGCAGAACGUCAUGGAGUUUAAGAAGGCAACCAUCAACGGCCAGCCGUACGGCGAAGCGUAUACCGAGGCCCAAGCCGGCAUGAACAAGAGAUUAGGCGUCGACGUUGAGCAGGAAGCGAAGGUCAUCCGGGCGGAGAUUGCCGAGGCCAAGGUCAGAGCUUUGCGCGGGCUUCGGGAACUCCACGACAACCCGUACCUCCACGAUGAGGACCUGACUUUUAUCGCUCCCGAUUUCGUGGAGGACCUCGCCGGCAGAAACGGCCCCGAGCAGCAGCAAGCAAACGAGCACUUCAUGUUGGCCUUGGCCCUUUGCCACACCGUCAUUGCAGAGAAGCAGCCGGGCGACCCGCCAAAGAUGAUCUUCAAAGCCCAGUCCCCAGACGAGGCGGCACUGGUGGCUACGGCGCGCGAUAUGGGUUUCACAGUGUUGGGCACGAGUAACGGCGGCAUCAAUGUGAAUGUCAUGGGCGAGGACAGGCAUUACCCCGUCCUGAAUACCAUCGAGUUCAAUUCAAGCAGGAAGAGGAUGAGUUCGAUCGUCAGGAUGCCGGAUGGCAGGAUCUUGCUCUUCUGCAAAGGCGCCGAUAGCGUCAUUUAUUCCCGCCUCAAGAAGGGCGAGCAGGCUGAACUCCGCCAAGAAACGGCCAAGCAUCUCGAGUUGUUCGCUGUCGAGGGUCUUCGAACUCUCUGCAUCGCCGAGAGGGAACUGUCUGAGGAGGAGUAUCUCGAAUUUAGAAGGGAGCACGAAGUGGCCGCCACGGCUCUUGAGAAUCGCGAGGAGAAGCUCGAAGAAGUCGCCGAUAAGAUCGAGAGAGACCUGAUGUUGCUGGGAGGGACUGCUAUCGAGGACCGUCUCCAAGACGGCGUCCCGGACACGAUCGGGCUUUUGGGUGACGCUGGGAUCAAGCUCUGGGUUCUCACCGGAGACAAGGUCGAAACAGCCAUCAACAUCGGCUUCUCCUGCAACCUGCUCAACAACGACCUGGACCUCCUUCGCAUACAGGUCAAUGAAGACGAGACCGGCCUGGGGACCGAAGAGGAGUACAUCGCGAUCGCCGAGGAGCAACUCAACAGCGGCCUGGCAAAGUUCAAUAUGACGGGCAGCGACGAGGAACUGAAGAGGGCCAUGAAGGACCACGAGCCCCCGGCGGCCACCCACGCGCUUGUGAUUGACGGUUUCACGCUUCGGUGGGUGCUCAGCGACAGCUUGAAGCAGAAGUUCCUGCUGCUGUGCAAACAGUGCAAGUCUGUUCUCUGCUGCCGCGUCAGCCCUGCGCAAAAGGCGGCCGUUGUCUCGAUGGUGAAGAACGGCCUCGAUGUCAUGACGCUCUCUAUUGGAGACGGUGCGAACGACGUGGCCAUGAUUCAAGAAGCCGACGUCGGCGUCGGCAUCGCCGGUCUGGAAGGGCGGCAGGCUGUCAUGUCGGCCGACUUCGCCAUCGGCCAGUUCCGCUUCUUGCAGAGACUGGUACUGGUUCACGGCAGAUGGUCCUACCGCCGCCUGGCAGAGUCGAUCAGCAACUUCUUCUACAAGAACAUGAUAUGGACUUGGUCCAUCUUUUGGUUCCAGUGCUUCACCGAUUUUGAUAUCUCGUACCUCUUCGAGUACACCUACAUCCUCAUGUUCAACCUCUUCUUCACAUCGGUCCCGGUUAUCCUUAUGGGCGUCUUGGAUCAGGAUGUGAGCGACACGGUGUCUUUGGCGGUGCCCCAGCUCUACCGGCGCGGUAUUGAACGGAAGGAGUGGACUCAAACCAAGUUUUGGGCAUACAUGAUUGACGGCGUCUACCAGUCGAUCAUAAGCUUCUUCAUUCCGUUCAUCUUCGUUAGUCUGACGACCACCGCGUCCUCAAAUGGGCUCGACGUCGCGGAACGUACGCGGCUGGGCGCCUACAUUGCCCAUCCGGCCGUGUUUACCAUCAACGGUUAUAUCCUGAUCAACACGUACCGAUGGGACUGGCUCAUGAUCCUUGUUAUUAUCAUCAGCGAUGUCUUCAUCUUUUUCUGGACAGGGGUGUAUACGUCAUUCACGGGCUCCGCCCUUUUCUACCAGGCAGCGCCGCAGGUCUACGGGGAGUUUACUUUCUGGAUGUGCUUGAUCGUCACUCCCGCUCUUUGCCUUCUUCCUCGCGUCGUGGCCAAGACCAUUCAGAAGCAGCGGUUCCCCUACGACGUGGACAUCAUCCGGGAACAGGCCAAGCGGGGCGACUUCGCGGAUACCAAUGCUGCUGGGGCUUCCGCCGUGGGAGUCAUGGAGGGCGUAGGGGGCGGGUCCAACAAGUCCUCGACUUCGUCGGGCAAGAUAUCGGGCCGCAGCAAGAAAGCGAAGCACGCCCAAUACGCAAGCGUCGAUGAGGACAGGCGGCCGAUUUAUCCGCCCUCUGUCGCGACCCAUAACACGCGGACGCAGAACGGCAGCGACGGGACAACGUACAUCAUGAGCCGGGCCUCGGCGGAGCUACAGCUGCAGCGGCAGCAGACACAGCGGGAUGAAGAGAUUGGAGGGGAGCCGGAGCCCGCAGCCAGCCGGCCGUCAGUAGACCGCUACAGGCCGUCGUACGACCGGGUACGGCGGUCUAUCGACCGAGUCCGGCCGAGUUUCGAGGCUAGCAAUGACUUUACGUCAGCAGCGCGCCUCAGCAUGAUCGAGUCGACGCAUUCAGCCCAGCAGCUGCCGGGUCAACGGCGGUUUAACCUGACGACGGUGCGGAAGCGGGGGCUUUCUGCCUUCUCCAAGAAGAGUGCGGACCCGCCGGAUGAAUAGACGAGGAGAGAGGAUCAAACUGUAUGUGGUCUGAAGUAGAACUUCCCAUCGUGGUGUCAAUUGUUUUUUUUUUCCCCAGCUG